AUUUUCAGUAAAGUUCACAUCUUUUGUCACAUAUAUAAACCCCAUAUGUUUCUUCCAUUCCCCCCUCUCUCUCUUAACAAUUCAAAGAAAAAUGUCACCUUUUCUGCUAAGGAUUUUGCUCCCAAUUCUGCUUCUUGUGGUCAUACUCCCACAAAAAUCUAAUGGGGAAUUCGAGCAAUGGUGCGUAGCAGAUGUACAGGCGACAGAUGUAGAACUACAAGCGGCGAUAGAUUAUACGUGUGGUGAAGGGGGUGCAGAUUGUAGCAAGAUUCAAGAAAAUCAACCUUGUUAUUUUCCAAAUACAUUAGUAAACCAUGCUUCAUAUGCAUUUAAUGCUUAUUACCAAAAGUUCAAGCAUAAUGGUGCCUCUUGCUACUUCAAUAGCGCCGCCAUCACCACUGAAAAAGACCCCAGUUAUGGUUCAUGCCACUAUGAUUAUACUCCAUGAUGCACCCGGGACAGCAUACUGUGACAAGACAUGAUGCGUCGAUGCAUACAGAUGUUUAAUUGUUCGCUUUCUUGAUUCAUUUACCAAAGUUGUUUAAAGAAUCUUUGUUUCGUCGCUUGCUAUACGUUGGAAAGUUACUCGUUCUUCCCAAA